AGAGGGAGGUGAUUGACAGAUCUAUUGAAAUAGCAAUCGUGAAUAUGCCUAACACACUGCUCAUAUCUCAUCAUAAAGAUGUGAUAAAAUGUAUUUUGAUUUAAGAAUUUUUAGAUAUUUUUACUGAAAACAAGACAAUAAUAGUAAGUAGGAAAGUCAUUUUUGCAGUGUAUAUACAUAUAUGUGUAUAUAACCUUAUCUUUCUUUUUGAGAAGAUGAAUAAAAUGUUUUUGAGUGUAUGUGGUUAAGGGGGUGGUCUGAACUCUACAUAACUAGAUGUACUUGUUCAUAACAUCACUCGAGCGACUCCAUCAGACCUUUGAUGUGUUGAAGAAAAUGUUUCUCACGUGUGUUUACCUCUGUUUGUGCUUCUGUGGUCUGACUGGUGUGUUUGGUGAUGAAGUGAAGUCAGUGUCAGUAAUGGCUGGAGAUUCAGUUGUUCUACACACUAAUGUUACUGAGCUACAGGAGGAUGAGAUGAUCUUGUGGAGGUUUGGAGAAGGCAAAUCUAAAAGUAUUUUAAUUGAAAUUACUUUAAAUAACAUCAGGUAUGCAUGUGGGAGAUUCACCAACCAUCUGCAGAUAUGGGACAGUAAGACUGGAGAUCUCACCAUCAUGAACAUGAUGAUCAAAAACUCUGGACUCUAUGAAGUAGAGAUCAACCUUGACACUGAAACAGUAUACAAAAGAUUUAAUGUUACUGUUUUUGGUGAGUCCAUGGUUUUACUACAGGAUAAAAGACAAAAUCGUCAGUUUGCUCUCAAAUGUUUUUCAGUUCCUCUGCCCGUUCCUGUCAUCUCCAGAGACUUCUCCCAAUGUUCAAACUGUUUAUUAUUGUGUUCAGUGUUGAAUGUGAGAGAUGUGCGUCUGUCCUGGUACAAAGGAAACAGUUUAUUGUCCAGCAUCAGUGAGUCUAAUCUCAACAUCAGAUGUGUCAUCUCUCUACAUCUGGAGGUUGAAUAUCAGGAUAACAACACAUACAGUUGUGUGGUGAACAAUCCCAUCACAAACCAAACUCAACAUCUCAAUAUCACUCAACUCUGUCAGCCAUGUUCAGGCUGUGUUUUCUGUUGUCAUGUUUCUGAAGUUGUGAUCCGAUUGGUCGUCUCUGCUCUGGUGGGCGUGGCUGUGAUUGCCAUUUUGGUUUAUGAGGUUAGAUCGAGCAGAGGUGAACAGAAGAAAAGAUCACAGAGACUAUCAGACUAGUUUUAGUGAUGUUUUUAUUAGUAAUGAAACAUAUCAUAGUCACAAAAUUAUAGAACCACUAUUUUUCCUGUUCCUGUUUAAUUGCUUUCCCUCUGUCAAUAAGUCUUUAAAUAUUUCUUUAAAUAUUAUGAUUGCCAUUUGAUGUGUAAAUGUUGUGUGUUAGCAAAAAUGCAUUUAAAACAAUCACGUGUUUAAUAAAGCUGCUUUAAAAUAAAAUGAGAAAUCAAUUUAAUAAUUCAUAUAUAAAAAUGCUAAUAAAUUGAUGAGUUCAAGUUCAAUAUCCAAUUGUAUGCGCAUGGACCUGACAGAUUCUUAACUCAUACAAUAACAUAAGCACACACUUCACUUUUACUCUUUGUCUGGUCUACAAACCGUGGCUUUCCGAUCAUAUCUAACAUGUUUGAUAUUUAG